AUGCCACCCGUAAUCCGUCCCUCUGAACUCAAAAACAAAGACAAACGACAAGACCUUUACAAGAAGCAGAAGCUUGAAAAGCAAAAGGCGAAGGCUGAAAAACGAAAACAACGUGCCAAGGAAGAAGAUAAGAAUCCCGAGCUUAAAGAGAAACGUUUACGAGAGAAUGUGCCAAGGACGAUUGAGAACACACGUGAAAAGGAUGAUACCAUGGUUCCGGACGACGGCGAGGUAGCCGAGGACGAAGCAAUGGACGAGUUGUCUUCCUACUUUAGUGGCAAAACUCCAAAGAUCUGUAUCACUACCAGCAAAAAGUGUUCUCAGAAUUGCUACGAUUUCUGUGCCGAUUUGGUAUCGAUUUUCCCUAAUACAACAUUCGCCAAGCGAGGAGCAAAUCACGAGAUGAAGGAUAUGAUCCAGCAAGCAAUCAAGCACGACUUUACUGAUUUAAUGAUCGUUAAUGAAGACAAAAAGAUCCCAAAUGCCAUCACUUUGAUUCAUCUUCCCGAUGGUCCUACAGCUUAUUUCAAACUUAGUAGUUAUACACCUGCCAAGAAGACACCGGGCAAAGGCGUCGUUACAGCACAUAACCCAGAGCUCAUUUUGAACAACUUCAAUACCAGACUUGGUCACACUAUUGGUCGUAUGUUCCAAGCAUUGGUGCCCCAAGUACCCGAAUUUGAAGGACGACAGGUGGUGACAUUCCACAACCAACGUGAUUUCAUCUUUGUGCGGCGGCAUCGAUAUGUGUUCAGGGAUACUGAAAAAGUUGGAUUGAAAGAAUUGGGCCCACGAUUUACCCUAAAGUUGAGAUGGUUGCAAAAGGGAACGUACUCACGUGAUGGCGAAUACGAAUGGAUGUUUAGACCCGACAUGGAAGUCAACCGUAAACGUUUCUACCUGUAG